GAUUCAUGAAGCAUCAUUCAAUAGAAUGUUACGAUUUUCUCUAUUACUUAUUCAUUGUUUAUCUAUUGUAUUAGUUCAAUCAAGAUUCAAUUCAACAAUUGAAUAUUUUGAUGAAAAUCUUAGUGAUAAGAAUAAAUGGGCUAUUUUAGUUGCUGGAUCUAAUGGUUUUUACAAUUAUAGACAUCAAGCAGAUGUCUGUCAUGCUUACCAUGUAUUACGUUCGAAGGGUAUAAAACCUGAACAUAUUAUCACAAUGAUGUAUGAUGAUAUCGCUCAUAAUAAGAUGAAUCCAUUUCGUGGAAAAAUUUUCAAUGAUUAUAGCCAUAGAGAUUGGUAUAAAGGAGUUGUGAUCGAUUAUAAGGGUAAAAAAGUCAACUCGGAAACGUUUCUGAAAGUUCUGAAAGGAGAUCAAAGCGCUGGUGGAAAAGUUUUGAAAAGUGGGAAAAAUGAUGAUGUAUUCAUAUACUUUACUGAUCAUGGUGCACCGGGUCUAAUUGCUUUUCCUGAUGAUGAAUUAUAUGCCAAACGAUUUAUGGCAACGCUGAAAUACCUUCAUAGACACAAACGUUAUUCAAGACUAGUGAUUUAUAUCGAAGCGUGUGAAUCAGGAUCCAUGUUUCAAGGAUUAUUACCGUCGAAUUUAAAUAUUUACGCGACUACAGCUGCUAGUCCAACUGAAUCUAGUUAUGCUACAUUUUGUGAUGAUCCAAAGAUAGUUGCUUGCCUGGCUGAUUUAUACUCAUACGAUUGGAUUGUUGACUCACAAACAGUAUGUUCUAUACAAAUUUGUAUUUAUAUAUACUUAACAUACCUAAUACAAUAUCAAAUCACUCUAGACAUAUAAUCAAAUAUAAGAAAGCUUUGGAUGUUUACCAUUUUGGAAUAGUCCUAAGUGAUGUCAAUCACGACUGAACUGCUCUCAGAACUAUAUCGCAUACACUAAUUAAUAAAUGGAAGUUCACUAAUGUAAUCCUAUUUAAUGGUCGGUUUGAACAGAUUACUUUUAAAGAAGCUCAAUUUAAUACAGGAUACAAGCAUGUGUAGUGACUCGUUUGUUGCACAUAUUAAAAUAAAACACACUACAAGUCAGAAUUUCUUUAGAUUAAAUGACUAGUUUCGACUUUCAAAGCUCAUGCUUUGAUUUUUAUGCACACUUAGUCCUGUGUCUAUUGGAUACCACAGUCUAAACAAUCACUUUUUGUUGUGUGAUGACGGUGUUCGUAGAAAACACCUAUUCAACUGUUUAGUUGAUCCAUGUAUUUUUAUGAUGGAUGGUAUAUGGUAGUGUGAUGUCGAACAACAGUUGUUAUUAACCACAUUGUAGACUCGACAUCAAAAUAAUGCCGGUUAUGAGAGCGAAAAACAGCAGGCUUAUAUCCUAAGCAUAGAAGUUUACUUAAUUUUGGACAGACAAUAAACUAUGAAUCUCGGUAGCUAGAACUGAGUUCGAACCCAUACAGGCGGUGAUGGAAGACAAGGAGACAAACUACCAAUAAACAACUUUACAAUAACCCAUAUUCACUAAAUUCUUUCACUUACUUAUACAUUAAUCACUUUAUUGAAUAUAUUUAAUGUUUUUAAUAUUUCUCUCCAUUUUGAAGCACCAAUUGACACGACGAACACUCGACCAACAGUAUAGAGAGGUUAAGCGUGAAACGAAUCUUAGUCAUGUUCAGAGAUAUGGUGAUACGGUAAGAACUUAUAAAAUUCAUCAUAUAUGACACUCUCAAUUUGGUAAUGACAGGCAAUGUUACACUGCUAACUUGACAAUCGAACAAGUACUGAUAAAAACUGUAAUACAUUGUCAUGCACAUACAUGGGCGCCAGGAUCCUGAAGGAAAAAUGGAGUAUGAACCAAUUAUUGGUCACCAGCUAACAUGGGACUGCAUCUCCUGACGUUGCUCCACUGCCUUGUGGACCAGACAUUUGGGGCGUGGCCCCAUAAGAAAAUCACCUGUUUCGGUUUGGGCACCUGGGUACUAUCUCAGCCCAAAAGUCGAAUGAUGUAUGUGACGCAUAUCUGUUUGAUGCCUCCUCGUACUAAUACUUAUUUUUAAAUAAAUAAAAAAAUAAAAAAUUCUGAAUAUUAUUUUAACAUUAAACAACAAGUGUCGGUGACAAAGAGAGGAACUACAAUGGACUCAUACCAAACACAGUAUAAACGAUGAUUUCUUAAACAAUAAUUAAGAGUACUAAUGAAUGCUCUUUUGAUAUUCAUCAAACUGAUAGGUUUAUAUUCACUUGGUAUUGUUUGUUUGAGUAUUCCCAUUGAUGUCUAGGAUUGUAAUUGAUCAAUCUCUUAUUGACAUAUGUGCAUACUGUGUAUUGCAUCGAUAUAGCCUUAAUUCAAAAGCAUUAUAUGCAAAGAUGGAUAUUGGCUAACUGUAGAAUCCAGUUUGACGUUCGUUUUGUCCUAUUCGGGACUCAUCAGCUAUGAACAUCAACUCUGAGGUGCAGGUACAUCCAACCGAUGAGACCCGAAUAGGACGAAAAGCACGUCCUUGAUUCCAUUGCUAGUCAUUAUAUAUCUUUGCAUAUAAUGGUAGGUUUAUUGUUUCUCAAAUCGAAAUGAAGUCUUUAAAUUGAUCUGACUUUUAAAUAAGAAAUGGUAGACAAUUGUGAUAAUCAAAUUUAAUGCGAUUUGUUUACUUGUUUUUUGAUAGAAUAUGGGUAAAUUACACGUUGGUGAAUUUCAAGGAAGUCGAAACAAGGAUUCACCUGAGAACGAUGAACCUCCAAUGAAGCCGAAAGAUUUUGUCGCUUCACGUGAUAUUCCAUUGCAUACUCUACGUCGUCAGAUAAUGAUGACCAAUAAUGGAGAAGACAAAAACUUACUAAUAGAAAUUCUUGGUUUGAAAUUGAAGAGAAGAGAUUUCAUUGAAGAUACUAUGAAAUUAGUAGUGAAAGUAAUGAAUAAUGAAAAUAAACCUAUUGCCAAGGCAACUAUCGAUCAAACGUUGGAUUGUACAGAAUCCGUCUAUGAACAGUUCAAAAGUAAAUGUUUCACACUGCAACAGGCUCCAGAAGUUGGAGGACACUUGUCCACUCUUUACAACUAUUGUGCAGAAGGUUAUACAGCUGAAACGAUCAAUGAAGCAAUCAUAAAAAUUUGCAAUUAAAUCAAGAUUAAUUUGUCAGUGUGAUAAAUUUUAUCAAUGUAAAUUUUCAAAUAAAUGAGUCUUUUCUCAAAAA